GGAGGAGCCAGGGCAGCCCCGGAGGAGUGGGGACCCAAUCCUGCAGGAUAAGAGGCAGAGUCCCAGGACAGUCCCUUGAUUGCCUGGCGGGCCCAAAGCUCGGAGAGCAGCCUCAUGGAGGAGAAACAGAUCCUGUGCGUGGGGCUAGUGGUGCUGGACAUCAUCAAUGUAGUGGACAAGUACCCGGAGGAGGACACGGACAGCAGGUGCCUGUCACAGAGAUGGCAGCGUGGAGGCAAUGCGUCCAACUCCUGCACCGUUCUCUCCCUGCUCGGAGCUCCCUGUGCCUUCAUGGGCUCUCUGGCUGCUGGCCACAUUGCCGAUUUUGUCCUGGAUGACCUACGCCGCUAUUCUGUGGACCUACGCUAUGCAGUUUUUCAGACCCAGGGCUCUGUGCCCACCUCCACCGUCAUCGUCAGCGAGGCCAAUGGUAGCCGCACCAUCCUGCACGCCUACAGCUUCCUAGUGGCCGACUUCAGGCGGCGCAGCGUGGAUGUGUCUCAUGUGGCCUGGCAGGCCCGGGGAGAGACCCCCUGCUCUUGCUGCAUCGUCAACAAUGCCAAUGGCUCGCGUACCAUUGUGCUCUACGACACGAACCUGCCUGAUGUGUCAGCUAAGGACUUCGAGAAAGUUGAUCUGACCCGGUUCAAGUGGAUCCACAUUGAGGGCCGGAACGCCUCCGAACAGGUGAAGAUGCUGCAGCGGAUAGACCAGCACAACGCUAGGCAGCCCCCGGAGCACAGGAUCCGGGUGUCCGUGGAGAUCGAGAAGCCCCGGGAGGAGCUGUUUCAGCUGUUUAGCUACGGCGACGUGGUGUUUGUCAGCAAAGACGUGGCCAAGCACCUGGGGUUCCAUUCAGCACAGGAAGCCCUCAGGGGGCUAUACGGGCGUGUGCGGAAAGGGGCUACGUUGAUAUGCGCCUGGGCUGAGCAGGGCGCCGAUGCACUGGGCCCGGACGGUCAGCUGCUCCACUCUGAUGCCUUCUCACCACCACGGGUGGUGGAUACUCUGGGUGCCGGAGACACCUUCAACGCCUCGGUCAUCUUCAGCCUCUCCCAGGGAAAGAGCACGCUGGAGGCGCUGAAGUUUGGCUGCCAGGUGGCAGGCAAGAAGUGUGGCAUGCACGGCUUUGACGGCAUUGUGUGAUGGUCCUGUGUGGCAGGCAGCCCCGCAGGCUGGCAUCACCGGCUGCUCUUGCCUACUCUGUUCCGUCCAGCUGGGCAUCCGGACUGACCUGUGCCCUGCAGGCCAUGGGGAGGGUUCGGCCUGUGUCCCCUUGCCACCCCACCUUACAGA